UCUUCCUCGUUUUUUUUUAAUUUUAGCAUGAAGUUCCAAUUAGUCAUAUUAUCCGCCCUUUUGGUAAGCGCCUUCGCUUUACCCGUACCCGAUGAGGAAGUGUCACCGGUUGUACAACCCGUGGCCGAAGUCAAACCUGAAGUCGUACAAAAAGUUGAAGACAAAGUAGCCGAAGUUGCCAAACCCGAAUCGAGAAAGGUUGAAGAGGAAAGCAAACCCGAAGCCGCUAAACCAGCCGAAGAAAGCAAAAUUGCUUUGCCCGCCAGCAUACCAGACUCUGAAUUGCCCCAAGCUGUGCCCGAAGCCAAGAAGGACGACAUUAAGGAAGAAAAGAAAGAAGAAGAAAAGAAAUCUGAAUUGCCAGCUGAGAAACAAACACGCAGCGAAGAUGUUGUCGAAGAAGCUAAAGCUUUGCCCUUGGCUGUGCAACCCAUUGCUGCCGGUUUGAAUGAAGAACCCAAACAAGUUGUUGAUGAGGUAAAACCUGCCGUACAAGAAAUCCAACCCGAAGGUAAAUCCGCCCCAGCUGAACAAAAGAAAGAAGAAUUGUCCGUUGAAGCUAAACCCGAAAUUAAGGCUGAAGAAUUGAAAACUGAAUUGCCCGCUGAGGAAAAGAAAGAAGAAUUGCCUGCCCGCCAAGAACGCACCACUGUCGAAAAGGAAGAAGAGAAAACAGUUGCUGCUCCCGCUGAAAAUGUUGAGGCUCCCGAAGUCAAGACCUUAAACGCUGAAGAACCUAAAGCCGCUGAAGAAGCCAAGCCCGAAGCUGCCAGCGAAGCCCAACCUGCCGAAGCUACUGAAAAGAUCGAAGAACCCUUGGCUUUGGCCUCUGAAGAGAAACCCAAAGAAUUGAAAGAAGAACAAAAACCAGCUGAAGCCAAGAAAAUCGAUGAAGCCGAAACUGAAGCCGUCAAGCCCGUAGAUACACCAGCUGCUGAAACCAAGGCCGCCCAGCCCGAAGAAGAAAAGAAAGCUGAAGAAAAGAAACCAGAAGACAACUCAGCCACUGAGGAGGAAAAGUCCAACGAAAGCAAAAAAGCCGAUGAAUCCAAGGAAUCUGAAGAAUCAAAAGAAUCCGAAGAAUCUAAAGAAGAAAACAAAUCUAAUUAGAAUUGCUAAUUUAUCAUUAACAAACGCUUAAGGUUCACUUAACCUUCCACUCCAAAUUACUAACACACACAACUCACCCUAAAAACUCCCACAAAUCCCCCUUAAAAAUCAUCCCAAUUAUAUUUUCUUUCUACUCGCUCACUGUCUCUCACUCGUUCACUUCCAUUGCAGGGGGAGAGAGAGAGAGAGAGGAAAAGGAAAUGCUCAAAACUCUUAAGUUAAAAAUACUAGUUAGUUAUUUUAGUUGUAAAAUUUUAAAAGAAACAAAAAGCUUAAUAAACAAGGAUGAUAAAUAAGAGAAGAAUAAGAAAAAGUAUAAGAGAGAACUUUUGACAAGAGAAAAUAAGAACAUAACGGACAUUAAAAGGGACCGCCAGGAAAAAAAAACAUCAUAAGAUUAGAAAAUACAAUUACAAUAACAAACCACAAGUAGAGAAUAGUAAUUACCACAAAAGGAAAAAAGGAUCAAAAGCACACAACAGCACUUAGAGAAUAGUACAGUGAUAAUAAAUAGAAAACAAAACAACAAAAUACAUUUACAGUUACACACUCUUUACACUAACACUAGUACAGUACAUUAUCAACAUACAACGUUAUAAUAGAGACAACGUAGCAAAACGAAAUAAUAAAAAAAGAGAAAAAUACACUGAACAAAAUAAACAAACAAAAGCAAGGACAAACCCAUAUGAUGGCAUAAUUUUUUAAUUAUUUUACAAACAAUAUACUUA